AUGGAAAUACCAACCAGUAAACUGAGUCGGGUCGACAGCUGCCGCCCUGCUGAAUGGGGACCCCGGGACUCAACUCACACAAGUAGGUUUGGAGUAUUUAGAAAUCCUAAGACGGGGACUGUGAUUCACACCAGAGUGACUGACAGCCAAGACGGUGGAAGUCACCAAGCAUCACAGCAUGAAUAUAACCGAGGCUUAACCGCAAGACAGCGGUAUUUGGCGGGAAAUGCAAGUGCAUUGCCAUUUAGACGGAACAAGUCGCUACAUGUUCCAACUCCCAACAUGAAGGACCAGGACCUGUUCGUCGGACCUGGUAUGAGAGACUGUGAACGUCGUGGGGAUACCCCCAGUAUAGCUCAGUGGGUCGCUGAGGUGCGCAAACCGUCACACCACGGGCGCCCACACCUAGACAGGAGGACGAUUAGGGUCCUCAACCAAAGCCUUUGGCUCAAAAGCCUAACCGCAAGGCAGCGGUGUUUGGCGGGAAAUGCAAGUGCAUUGCCAUUUCUACGGAACAAGUCGCCACAUGUUCCAACCCCCAACCUGGAGGGCCAGGAGACUGUGUUCGGUACGUGGUGGUACAACACCGUUAAAUUCAGCAGUAACAAAGUCCUGCUGGAUACGGUUCGCUACUUCCACUGUGCAUUCAUGCGCUCCCCGCGGAUGUCAAUGGUUCAAGUCAUUGAGGUGCUGUCGAAUGCCUAUGAAUUCAAUCCGAACUUCAACAAAGAGGUGGUCAGCCGGCCCAGCGACAAUGUCGAACUGCCUCCGCUCAUCAAGGAUAUCCCCAUAUUCACCAUCUUCAAGAAGUCCAUCUUUGGAUCUCCAAGUUCAGUGAAAGCGAGGGCCUUGAUUUAUGCACAUCUGCUUCAUCGACAGUACAUCGUGAAAAACUGCCCGCGGUUGAUCGAAGAAAUGAUGAACCGGUUGAUGUCAGUAUUGGCAAUUGCUAUGGAAGAGGCCGGUUCUCGUUUGAAAACCCCGCCCUAUUUGCACACCAUCGAGAACUGUAUGCAUUUGGUUCCCAUGCUCAUCCAAGCUGUUCCACCCUGUGCGUCUCCGCUUCUCCAACUUCCCCAUCUCACACAGACACAGCUACGCCAUAUGGAAGCUAAACAACGCAACCUGAAAACUAUACGUCAAUUCGUCCGGCUCCCCGAGGACAAACGACGGAAUCUUUUACGUAAUCUAUCCGACGAAGAGUAUCGCGAUGUGUUGAAUGUAUGUGCCUCCAUGCCAUCGUUGGAAAUCUCCUAUCGCUGCGAAGUUCUGGACGAUGAUGAUCCAAGCAUAUGGCCAUUCAGUAUAAUUACGGCUACUAUUCUGCUGAAGCGGUUUCCUUUAUUCGACCCGAGUGCUCAACCAACUUCGAGCUCUAGCGCAAUGGGAUCCGGGUCCAGUGGGGCGAUGGGUGGAGCCGCGAUGGUUGGUGUCAGUGCUUUGUCCGACUCUCAUUACUCUGGCACCGCCUGGUCUUCAGACUGGUCUGCCUACAAUCCUUCUCCGAAUUCACAGCUCUACCCGGCGGCGGAUUUCAAUGCAGACAAUGGUUCGGUGACCUACGGAGACUUUGGGGAAGAGGAUGCAGGUGAUUGCGCUACUUCCAAGUUACAAAAGCCCGCUACAAAGCCUGUGUGGGAUAAAGGUAAGAAGAAGAAACCGACGAGAAAGAACAACAAGCAACGUAAACAAGAGCAGCGCCGGCAGCGGGGUGGGCAGCCCACUGUGAAAGGGACGGACAAGGGUGCUGGAAACAACAACCCAGUGGCUCAAGACGAGGAAACCAACUCCGAAAUGGAGGAAGCUGAUACUAACCCCGUGCUGGAUGAAGACAAACCAGGUGACGCACUACUCACAAGGCGAAAGAACUCCGCCAUGGGAGACCAGAUGCCCAGCGAUCUGAGUGCUUUUGGAGAUCAUAGGCAGGAAACCGAGCGAGAUGGCGAUGAACAUGAUAGUCUUGCGGAUGGUCAUCUACUGUCUAAAUCGAACAACAACGUGGCAGCUCCCAGAUUUACUCACUCCGCCGGCAAACAGACGACAGAUCGUAUGAAUAAAUCCUCUGAAUCGAAGCCUUUACACUGUUCCCAUGUGGUUCACUGUCCUUAUUUCCCUAUGGAAAAGUUCGAGGGCUGGUGGAUCUAUGUUGUUGAUCUAAUGGAUCGCAAGACACCCCGAAUUAUCACGAAACCGGUCUACGUGGCAACUUUACAAACGGAGGAAGAAGUCGCCUUGCGUUUUGUCGCACCCGCCAAUCCCGGUUCUUACAGAUACACACUGUGGGUUCGAUCAGAUAGUUACGUUGACUGCGUGUUCUCCGAUACUCUUCGGUUUAAAGUCAGUUCGCCUCCAGACAAUGUGGCACGCUACUUACAGUCGUUGGAUGAAGCCCACUCCGAUUCGAGUGGGUCGGGGUCUGAAUCCGAUGACGAGCGAAGUGACGUGGACCUGUCCGACGGAGAAGCCGAUGAAGGUGUCAACAACUCGACAGAGAGUGAUACGGACGAAGAGGAAGCCACAGUGGCAACUGAAGAUGACUCUCAGGCCAAUCGUUUGGUUUCUCAAUGUAUAUCAUAAUGCCCUACCCUGAGGACAAGAGAGGUGAUUUUGUUGCUGAAAGUAUAUACCUGUUCCUUUGUGUCG